UAACGUUGUAUCUUUAUAUUGCAAAUUUAAUAAUAUUAACGAAUGCAUUUCCUUCAGCAUAUAUUUCCAUGUUCUCUUUAUUUGCUGCCCAAAUCAUCAUUGCUCAUCAGCCCCAGUGGAGGAGACACGGCCCCUCGCUCGUCAUUUCCAGUGGAAGACGCGUGGUCGCUGAGCUCGUCAUUACCAGAACUGCUGGCCUUAUCUGUGCCUCUCCUUCCUAGUAAAGUAGGUGUGGCCUCAUGUUCAUGCAGGCAACAUUUCUGUAUCAUCAGCGUUUAAAUCCUCUGCUAACUACGAUGAGGCAAAUUUGACAGGGACGUUUUCUCUGCAACACAAAAUCAGAUCAAUAAUGAAUGCAUGUGCUUCAUUAGUAAAUGCACCUGGCUGCCUAAAAACCCUAUUUGUAAAUGAAAGACUAUAAAAGAGGUCCUUUGAAUUCUAGCAUUAAAGAAACAAAAACAGACCGACAGGAAGAACUUCAUUAAUGCACCUGUGCGCGGCGUUUAAUUUAAAUGCAAAUUCGGGUACAGAGGGACAGAACAAGAGCGAGUGCACUGGUGAUACAAAGGAUGAAAGCAGGAGGAAGAAAGGGCAGAGCGAGUGUGAGGGUAAAGUGUGAGAGAGUGACAAAGCAAAAGUGUUGUAUUUCAUGUAAUUGAAUUAAUGUCUGCUCUUGAAGCAGAAGAAAAAAACUAACUUUCUAAGGCUGGCCAUAGGAAUGACAUCACUUUCUCGGUGAUUGAUCUACAUGAUACAAGAUAAGAGAAGCGACUCAGCAUUAGGAUACAUCAGCCAUUUUAAGCAAAGGUGUUGGGAAAAUGGAACUGUUAGAGAACUAUUGCUCCAGCAGCACAGAAAAGAUACAGGAUUCACACAGGUAUGUAUUUUAUAAACUGUAGCCGUUUGCACAUUGAAGCUAAUACUGGACUAGAGUUAGAACAGAUACUGGGCUUCAUUUACUGAACUGUUUGAAAUGAAUAAAGCAAAAAAAAUAUUUGCAAAUUUGCAAAAAAGUUUUAUAAAUGCUGAUUGGUUUUAUAUACAUGUUCAUAAAAUCCAGUCAGCCAUUAAUUACCAGCCGCAUCCUGAACUCAGAGACGGGAAUCGAGCCUGGCCGGGAAUCAAACCCAGACCCUGGAGGUGCACGGCGACAGUGCUAACCACUACACCACCGUGCCAUAAUAUUUAUAUUAAAAAGCCAUAAAAAAAUACUGCUCCUGUCCUCAUGUAAAAACAUUGCUGCUAAAAUUACAAUAUGUUGCAAGCUGACUUUACUGAUAGUGCUUGUGGUUUGUAAGUUAAUAGAUAUGUGAGCUAUGGAGACACAUCGUUCAAAACAAACAUUAUGGGUUACUACAUUUUAAUCAGAUAAAUUCUUUAUGGUGAUUGCAGACACAGAGCAUGUGUAUUCACACACACUAGAUAUCAUAUGGUGCAUAAGACAUAGCAGAUUGUCCACUUAUCAGUCAGGUUAUGAAUACAUCAAUUCAUAAGCUUAAUAAAAGAUCUAAAAUGCAAAAAUGUUUCUUAAUCAUUCAUUUAAAAAAAAAUAUUUAGGCGUGUGCUGACGAUACAUAUUUGCUAAAAAUAAUAAUGAAAGAUUCUAAAUAAUUUGGUCUAUAGAUUGCUUUACUUUAAUUAACUUGACUCAUGAGCAAAGCAUAGCCCCAGGUGAGCGAGGGGGGAAAAGACGAGCCUGUAUCUCAGUGCUCACAGAACUUAAUUGCUCCCACAUGUCAGGAAACCAGAAUACCUGAAGGAAACCCACCAAGCACGGGGAGAACAUGUGAACUCCGUGCAACCAGACCGGAAGCAGGAAUCAAGCCUGAACCCUGGAGGUACACGGGGACAGUGCCAAGUGACAUGUUUUUCCCGGUACUGGGGACGUUACCAUGGUGACUCAGUUAACCGUCACUUGUAUAUUUUGAACAAAUCAUGGAUUUCCUAGGAUUAGAUCAUUUCAUACAUCAACGAGCAGAAUGAGCAGUGUAUUAGAAAGUCUUGUUAAGGUGGAAAAGCACAAGUUGCACAACAAUGAUAAGUAAAUAUUGAUUGAGCUAAGGUCGUGUCACUAUAAACUGCUUCAAAAAGCCUCAGAUGAACAAUGCAAACUUGUUACUUUUUUACAGAUUGCUUUGAGAUCAGCGAGAACAAUGAUGUUGCUAUUAGUGUUUUUCUGGAUGUGUAUGGGGGUUCAGUCUAAAAGCCUGAUGUUCCAGCCUCUGGACUGUGCAGAUAUUUAUAACGACAGUUCUUGGACAAAUGGAGUAUACAUGAUCUACCCUGCGGGUCCAAACUCCGGUCGCUAUGCGUACUGUGACAUGUCCACUGACGGAGGAAAAUGGACCGUGUUGCAGAGAAGAAUAGAUGGUAGUGUGAACUUCUACAGAGGAUGGGAUCAGUACAAGAACGGCUUUGGACAUGCAGCUGGCGAAUACUGGCUGGGACUAGAAACAAUUCAUCUACUCACAUUAAAGAAGAAUUAUGAGCUACGAAUUAAUUUCGAAGACUUCGAAGGAAAGCAGGUUUAUGCCAAAUACAAGUCCUUUGGUAUUUCUCCAAUGGCUAUUAAUGCAGAACUGGAUGGCUACAAAUUGCACGUAUCUGAUUUUGAAGACGGUGGUGCAGGGGAUUCCUUGUCAUACCACAGUGGAUCAAAGUUCUCAACGUUUGACAAAGACCAGGAUUCAUUUGAAGGAAAUUGUGCAGUUUCCUAUGGAGGAGCUUACUGGUACAACUCCUGCUACCACUCCAACCUGAAUGGACUCUACACAUGGGGAGGGGAAUUGCAAAUCGGACUCAACUGGAGGGCUUGGAAAGGCUUUUUCUCGGUGAAAAGCGUCACAAUGAUGAUGAGACCAGUGGAUCUGGAAUAAGCUGCGAAAUAGGUCGACGAUAAAAAGAAAAAGAAAUCCAUCAAGAACAUUUUAACAGGGCAAAAAGGCGCACAAGCAGGAAUAAGAGUAUGGAUUUUUGGGACUUGUCGAUUCCUACAGUAUAUUUAAGCAUUAGUGUAUUUUUGUUAGAGUACUUUUAAAUGAAGUACAUUAGCUAGCUGGAUAGAGAUGCGUUGGAUUUUAGAAGAGAGUUUCGUUUCACUUUGCACACAAGCUUCUGUACAGCUAUAAGUAAAUCAAGCCAUGUUUAUUUCUGUUUUUCAUUGUGUCAUGAUUCCUUAUCAAGACCAACCAUGGUUUAUUAUAAAGACAACAUACAAGACAACAUCUAAACAAAUCUAAAUCAGUUUUAUUUUGUGUUGUCUGUUUAUUCUACACUGGGUGUUGGAUUGGAAGCAGUUUUUACUACCGUGGACAGAUACCUAAUACCAGUAUCAGUAUGGGUGCAUCUCUCAUCCCAACAAUCAGUGUUCACUACUGUGCGCAAUAAUGUUGAAGCAUGCAUCGUUUCUUCAUUUUUUGCUUCCAAAGAGCCUGACUUUCUUGUAUUUCUAAUGUAGUCUCCAAGCUUUUUUGGCUCUCAGGUUUUGAUUCUCAUUUUCAGUCCAGUCCCUGUACCCAACCAGUUAUAGUUUCAGAGGGAUGUGUUUUUUUUUUUUUUAUUGGUUUGUUUUUUUGGCUAAGCCACGCAGUGACCUGAACUUUAGGUGUGACCCAGUGAGCACCAGGUGCAGAUGAUCAGGUGGGUGAUUUUACUGCUGAUGUUGAAUGCUGAGUGGUUGGAACAGACGAGAGGGGAAAUGAGGUUGCUGUUGAGGUUGUUACAUAAACACCCAAUCUUUAAACUGUUCUAAUUUCUUUAAUAAAAUCGACAUCAAAAUGAGGAGCGGCUAAAGUGCUUUGCACAGGACUGUAUGAUUUAAAGAACGACCAAGACUGACUUCUUGUUUGUAAUAAUAUUUUCAGCAUUUUUUGCAUUUUUUAAAAUGCUAUAUGCUUUUUUUUAAGUUUAUAUUUGUACAGUAUAUAAUUUUUUAUCAUAAAUAAAAAUAAAUUUGAAUUAUGAGAAAAAUCAUAUAUGCACAUCACUAUUACAAUUACAAUCCUUUAAUUACAGAGCAAGUAAAAGGAAGUGUAAAGC